UCUGAGCCAAAAUCUGUCCAAAUCGCUGAGAAAUUUGGAACGAACUUCAGACAUAUGGUUGGUCGAACGCUUGUUGCUGCGUCGAGCAUUCUGCGCAGCUUGACGACGUUGCAUGCCGCAAUGCGCAGCAGCUCGGCUGGUCGGUCGAGUCUGGCGGGACAUGCUGCAGCAGAGAUCCAAUUGUACAGUCGAGCCAGUGACCUGGGAACGACGAUUCCCCUGGCGAGGUCGACUCUGGCGAUCCACGGCGCGUCAGCAUGCUCAUUGUCGAGCACAGUGCCAGCGAGACAGGCCUCGUCCGUGGUUGCGUUCGCGCGGAAGCAGAGCCGCGCGAGUCCGUCGGCGUCAUCGAGCCAAGCGGAAGCCGCUGCUCGCAGGGAUUGGAGCCAGGCGUCGUCCAACCCACCGCAAGUGACGAUGCGUCGGGCAUACGGAAGCCAUGCCCAUCAGCAUGCGACAGGGUCAAGCGGCGGCGCAGGACUGGCGUACAGCGACGAGGACGCGUUGGCGCAGGAAUCGAGUUCACUCAACCUGCCACCACGAGAUUCUCAUCAGCGGACUCGAGCUGGAUCGAGACAUGCAUCAUGGAGUAGUUUGGUCGACCCAAUGCAUGCUGAUCGCCACGAGUCAACUCUGGACUUGGACCGGAAUUCCACGCACGCAACGUUCAACUCGUUGAAUCCACAUUCACGGCCUGAUAUGCUGUUUCGUCAGAUUUGGAACGAGUUGCUUGUGAUUGAGCAGCAGGAGCAGCAGAAACUGCAGCAACAAGAGCAGCAGCAGCAGGAUCAGGACACAGAGUCACUGAAGACCGAGACCAAGACCAACAACGUCUCGACAAACCGUGUCCCGUUCCUCCCUGGCAUUGUCUCGCUGGCCACUGUUGUUGCAUUUGCUCAAGACAGCGGUGGUCAUGGCUCAGAUCUCAGCGAACUUGCCAAAAUUAUCGCAAAACGACAAGCAGACCACAUGUCCAAGCUACAAGCUGUUCGCGACCAGCUGUGCCAUGAUCUGCCUCGGAUAUUUACGCAUGGACUUGCGUUCGAAAUGUACACUGCUGAUGUGUUGUUUCGCGACGACAUCAUGGGCCUCCAGGUUGAUGGAUUGACAUCUCUGAAGAUCUUGUACAAAGCCUCCAAGAGCGUGGCGCACAUUCUUUUUUACGAUCUCGAACUCGAUAUCAUAAAAGCGACCAUCAAUUUGGCCGAAGGCACGGUUCGAUUGCGAGUCCAUAUUGAAGGUGUCGUUCGAGCUGAUCUUCGUUCGGACGCUCAGCCUCUUCUGGAUGCGAUGGCGACCUUCCAUGUGAACGACCGCGGAUUGGUGCACUUUGUGGAGAUUUCGCAAGUUACCCGCAGUGACGACGAUGAGAAGGAGCUCUGCCCGCCGUACGUGCUACCAGGCUGCGCAUGAUCAACAGCAGUAUUGCCAAAGCAGCUGAAGCCAACCAUCACUAAAGUUUAUGCAAUACAAGAAAAAACAAAACAAAAACAAAGACGACCAAUCACCCACUCAAUCAC